GUUUGUAAAUAAUUAGCGCAACAUAUCUAAACGCAAGCGAGUCGUAACUAAAUAGUUUCACUAUUUUUUUUGCUUAUCAAUACCAAUAGUGUAUGUUUUUAAAGACAAAUUAGUGUAAAAUUGGUUUCGACGAAAUGCACUGUUAUAAAGUCCCAACAAUCGAUUCCGAUUUGCGUCAUGAAGAAACAAUUCUGCAAGCAAUAAAUAUUUUCGAGUUUUUGAAUGAAGUCAUUGACGAUGUGUUCUGUAAGGUAAAUCAACGCAUCGAUACCAACAGACAUCGGCUUGCGCAGAUCAGCAAUCGGAUUCAAAAGAUUAACGUUGACGUUGCCCGUUUGAGAGAAACUAAGGAAGCGAUUAUAAUUUAUUCGCCGUGUCGUUACCCGGCGGCAGACCUGGAUUCAACUGUACUGCCCACCUUCACCAGUCAGAAUGGUAUACGAAUGACAGAAAAUGAAUUCGCUAUCCAAGAUGGGUCAUAUGUUCCAAGUCAUUCGUACCAGGAAAAAAUUCAGUUCUAUCACGUGAAAAGUCCAAUCGAUAGAAAUAGGAUUUAUUCGUUUGAUGAUCCUCGAAAACAUCGGUUAGAUGAACGAAUUAAAUACGUAGAUUCGAUUUUGCUUUUCAACAGUAGAGAAUUUGCGGUGGAUUAUAAGGGAAUCAUAGAAAAAGCGAAAACCAGAGAUAAAGCUUUAGGUCGGAUCCACGAGGAAAAGAUUUUUUCAUCGUCAUCGCCUAUAAUUCGUAAUCGCUCAAGAAAAAAGGGACAAGACAUUUUUUACACCCCAGCGCUAAAUGAAGCACCAAAAAUUGAUGUUCCACUUGAUUUACCUGAUUUACCAGGGAUCGUAACCAACAUACAAUAUGCCGGUAGUAACACCCUGAUCGCCCCUUCCAUGCAAUUAGCUGCAAUAGCUGACCAACUUCCAAAAUUGGAAGAUUUGUCUAUGACGGAUGCUAAAGAACUACCAGUGGACCUGCAAACCAUACUACCUCCUGUUUUGAAUGUUGGGGCGGUAUCGACUGUGCCACACAUAGAACAAUCUUUAGCACCACCGCCUCCUCCUCCUCCUCCUCCACCACCACCUCUCCCUCCAGUAACUAAGGACACACCUUCAACGUCGUCGAGAAAACGUGAUGAAAACGAUGGGAAAUUAGAAGAGAAGCAGAUCACGGUUGACUCCUUUGGUGGAGAAGCUCAUUUCAAUCUUAUGGAGGCUAUUAGGAAAGCAGGUGGCGCGGAAAAGGCAAAGCUAAAACAUAGUGAGCCAAACGUCCCCAAAAAAGAUUCGACGAAACCAUCUAAACCAGGAACUCAAAAUUUCAUCGAUGAUUUGCACAAUAAGCUACAAAUGCGCCGAAAGGGUAUUUCCGGAGCCCGAGAAAAUCAAGAGCCUUCAAACGUUAUAGAUCGUCUGUCGGCUCUGAUACCUCCUCCUCCACCGAAGUUGGAUGCCAGCACCAGUGAGAGCAAUGACGAGGAUUGGGACUGAUAUUGUAGAGUAAUCCGCGACUGAUUAAAUCAAAUUUGUUAUUAUCAAAACAUUAUAGUUUUAUAAGUAUCAUAUUCAAAUUAAAUUAAAUCUAUAAAAGUUA